AUAGCCAUAACUACGAAUAAUUCUUUUGUUUUUCAAGCAUUUUUCUAGAAAUUCUGUUGUAAAUCGUUGUCAGAAAAAAUAAUAGAAUGCCAACGAUGGCAUCUAUAAAUAAAGAUACAUUUCAUUACAGUUCUGUAGAAUCCUUUUAAGUAAUAGUAAAAUUACUUUUGCAAUGGGGAUCCCGGGGACAAACUAUUUUUUUCUCUCCAUGUUUUCGUUUUUGAUAAUUUUCCAUGUUCAAAUGCUUUGUACAGCUAAAGUUCCAGGGCUAGACAGAAAGGAUUAUGUGGUCUACAUGGGCGCUAUUCCAAAAGAUGAUGGGAAUUCCCAGAAAGAACCUGCUACCUUGUACCUUGAAAUGCUUAAAUCUGUAUAUGGAAGUUCCGAGGCAGCUAAGCAAGCGUUGAAGUAUAGUUAUGGGAAGAGUUUUCGUGGGUUUACAGCUACGCUUUCUCCAACGCAUGUCCAAAAACUCAAAGGCAUGGAUGGUGUGGUUUCGGUGUUUGAGAGCAAGAAGUUGAAUACCUUAACAACUAGAUCAUGGGAUUUCGUUGGCUUGCCUGCAUCUGUUCAAAGAAAUAGUUUGGAUUAUCAAAGCGACAUCAUUAUUGGCCUUUUGGACACAGGAAUAUGGCCAGAGUCAGAGAGUUUUACGGAUGAGGGAUUUGGUCCUGUUCCCUCCAAAUGGAGGGGUGGAUGCCAGACAACACCAGAUUUCUCCGCCUGCAACAAAAAACUUGUAGGAGCAAAAUUUUAUCGUAGUUUCACCAGUAUUCCACCGGAAGGAGAUUUCUUGUCUCCAAGAGAUGGAGAGGGCCAUGGAACACACACCUCCUCUACAUCUACUGGAAAUUUUGUCAACAAUGCAAGUCUUUAUGGUAUUGCUCAAGGAGAGAGUCGAGGUGGAGUCCCUGGUGCAAGGGUUGCUAUGUACAAGGUUUGUUGGACUGAUGAGGGUUGUGGGGAUGCAGAUAUUCUUGCAGCCUUUGAUGAUGCCAUCUAUGAUGGUGUCGACAUUAUUUCUGUGUCCCUUGGAACUUCUUUUCCUCUCGACUACUUUGAAGAUAGCAUUGCCAUAGGAGCCUUUCAUGCAAUACAGAAGGGAGUUCUAGUAUCCAAUUCUGCUGGAAAUUCGGGACCCUAUAGGGCAAGUGUUGCAAAUUAUUCUCCUUGGUCUUUAACUGUUGCAGCAAGUACUAUUGAUCGCAAGAUGGACGCUGAACUUCAAUUGGGAAACAACAUUUCUAUAGGGGGAAUUGCUAUAAAUACAUACACGAUGGAGAAACAAUGGUAUCCCUUAGUAUAUGGAGGGGAUGUUGCUAAUGUUUCUGGAGGCUAUACUCCAGAUAACUCUAGCGGUUGUCUAUUGGGUUCUCUGGAUGAGGCAAAAGUAAAAGGAAAGAUAGUUGUUUGCAAUUUCAUUAGCACUCCUCCAGAUUAUUCAGUUUUUGUAGCUGGUGGUGCGGGUGCUGUUAUAAUUAAUGACGGAUUCAAUGACACAGCCUUCCCAUGGUUAAACCCUGCGACAAUAAUAUCUACCGAACAGGCAAAAAUUGUGUUGUCUUACAUAAACUCAACUAGCUCUCCCAUUGCAAAAAUUCAAAAAACUACAACUCCCAAGGCACCUGCACCAAUAGUGGCUUCAUUCUCAUCACGAGGUUUCAAUCCAAUCACACAUGACAUUCUCAAGCCCGACAUCACUGCACCAGGUGUGGACAUCCUAGCAUCUUGGUCCACAAAUGUAUCACUUACUGGUUAUGCAGAAGACACAAGGUUUGCCAUCUUUAAUAUAAUAUCAGGAACAUCCAUGUCAUGCCCUCAUGCUGCAGGAGCUGCAGGGUUUGUUAAGUCUUAUCAUAGCGAUUGGUCUCCUGCCGCUAUAAAGUCAGCUCUCCUCACUACAGCAUUUGUAAUGGAUGAAACAUUGCCUGGGAAUGCGGAUGUAGAAUUUGGGUAUGGGGCUGGCCAGAUUAAUCCAAUGAUGGCAGUCGAUCCAGGGCUUGUUUAUGAUGCAGGUGUAGAUGAUUACAUCAAUAUGCUUUGCAGUGAGGGUUACAAUGAUACAACUUUACGUUUGGUUACUGGUGACUUCAGUAGUUGCGACUUGGUAACACCAUCUAAAAAUGGAGCACGAGAACUAAACUAUCCUUCAAUAAUGGUUUUUACUGCUCCAGGAAAGUCAUUUCAAGCUAAUUUUCCAAGAUCAGUUACUAAUGUAGGAGUUGCAAAAAGUACAUACAAGGCGAUUGUAAGUGCACCCUCUGGAAUCAAUGUGACAGUGGAACCAGACACAUUAUCAUUUUCAUCUUUAAACCAGAAGCUAUCAUAUAAUGUCACCAUUGAAGGUAGAUCCUUAAAUACCGACACAUUACUUUCAGGUGCCUUAACUUGGAGCUAUGGAAAUUACACAGUGAGAAGCCCAAUUAGUGUGUAUGCUCUCUCACUGUAGCUUCUCACUUGAAGUCCAAUAUCUCAUAUUAGUGAAUUGUGUGGCAACACAACACAUAUAUUUGGUUGUAUUUUGUUAUUUAAACUUGUUUUUAAGACAUGGGCUUGCUUCUAUAGACUAGCAUAAGAACAUUU